AGCAAUGGCUUGUAUACUGAUGUAUUUCCGGUUUCAGAAACAGUAAGGGCACGUGUGCGUCGUGAUGUUUUGAGUUCGAUUUUUAGAAAUUGACUUAUAUUUACGUUUUCUAAAGAUUCAACAGCAUAGAUUUUUUGUAACUCCUGUUGAUUAAUAAGUAAAAGAAAUGGAGAACGGCCAAGAAGAAACUAAAGUUGAAAAAGUACAAAAUGACGUUGCUGCUAAUGAAUCAAAAUGCGAGAAGCCGGUUUCUAAUGCCGAGGAAAAAGCUGAACAAAAGGUGGAAGAACCAUCCAAGGAGCUUCUACAAAAGAUAAAGAGUCAAAUCGAGUUCUAUUUUGGAGAUGUUAAUAUGCAAAGAGAUAAGUUUCUUAUCGAGCAAACAAAGUUGGAUGAUGGAUGGAUUCCAAUGAAUAUCAUGUUAAAUUUUAAAAUGUUGGCUUCCUUGAGCAAAGAUAUUGAUGUUAUAUUGAAAGCUGUAGAAUUAAGUGAUAUUAUGGAAAUAUCUGAGGACAAAAAAAAGAUACGUCGUUCACCGGAGCAUCCUUUGCCAGUGUAUAACGAAGAAUAUAGAAAGGCACAAGAAGCCAAAACAGUCUAUAUAAAGGGAUUUCCUUUAAGCGAUACCAAUAUUGAAAAACUCAAAACAUUCUUUAAUGACUUUGAACCAUUUGAAAAUAUUGUUAUGAGGAAGUAUCUGGAUAAAGAUAAAAAAUUGCAGUUCAAAGGAUCCAUUUUUGUACAGUUUAAAACUUUAGAGGAUGCUAAAGCUUUUAUGGCUAGAGAUUCUAUAAAAUUUGGAGAAACUGAAUUAAUUAAGAAGUGGUCAGCAGACUAUAGUGUGGAGAAAGCUAAAGAGAGAGAAGAUAAAAAACAGAAGAAGGCAGAAGGAAAAUCAAAGAAAUCUGAAAAUGCAAAAGACAAAGAAGAUGAACAGAGUGGCGAGGAAGAAGAAGAAAAUGGAAAGGAAGUUGCAUUACCUAAAGGUUGCGUGAUUCAUUUUUCUGGUGUACCUAGAAGUUGUACUAGGGAAGAUAUUAAGGAACGUUUAGGUGAAUUAGACGCUAGUAUCGCGUUCGUAGAUUUUAAGAUAGGUGACGAAAAAGGUUGGGUUCGCUUGCAAGGAGAAAAUGCGGCGAAAGCUGUUGUUGACAAAAUGAAAGACAGCAAAGUAUUAAUACGCGGGAAGCAUGUUACAUGCCGCAUCCUCGAGGGCGAGGAAGAAGAAAAAUAUCUGAUAAAAGCGCAAGGAGAAAUGUCGAACCUAAGGCAGAAAUAUCCUAAAGGGAAGAAGAGCAAGAGAGGCCGUUACGCGCAACGGGGACAAAGGAAAAGACGCAAUAGCGACAGUGCUGAUUCUACUCCUGCUAAGAAAACGACUGUUGAAUAAUCUAAGAAGAUCAUUUAACUUUGUAAAACUUAAAUAUUCUAUACUUACUUCGCUGUACAUGUGUAUUAAUAUAUUUUUAUCACAUGUAUACAUAUGUAUAAAAUAAGAAAGAUAAACGUUACACUGCUGGGUAUUCAAAGUAAACACCUACUUUAAAUGCAUAAUUCUCUGUUGUGCUCAAGCAGUGUGUAUUAUUUAAAGUAUAAAAAGUACAAUA